AUGUCCCCGUCCUCGACGGGCGACUCUCCCCGCUCGGCCACGGGCAACGCGGGGAGGCCCUUUUCCGUGCCGUCACGCGAGACCUUCAACAUCGAGGUGCCCUCGCCGUCCAUGACCAACGGCAUACACCCGUUAAAGUCGCCCGCCUCGCUCAAGACGCAAAGAACCUCCAGUUUCAGCAGAGAUGGCAUCCUCGGCUCCGCACAAAAGGCCCGGAACAUGUCUCAGUCGUCCGACAACCGCCCAGAUGCCCUGGCCAAUGGCAUGAACCAGCAGCACAGCGAUGACGGCUCCAACCCGCUCAAGAGGAGGAACACGGACGUCGGCAUCGACUACCCGCGCAGGAGGGCCACAAUCGCAUGCGAGGUGUGCCGGUCCCGCAAGUCUCGCUGCGAUGGAACCAAGCCCAAGUGUAAGCUCUGCACCGAGCUGGGCGCCGAAUGUGUUUACAGAGAGCCUGGCAUCAAGCUGGACGCCGGGGACAAGCUGAUUCUGGAGCGUCUGAACCGCAUCGAAAGCCUGCUGCAGAUGAACAUGGUUGCCGGGCAGGCCAACGGCAUCGCCAUCAGCCAAGAAUCCCCCUCCAUGAGCAACGGCUCCGGCCUUAACGGCGGGGACAGCAUGAUGGGCGUGUCUGGGUCCGGCAACAUCGUCUCCAUCAUCCCCAACGGCGGCCUGGGCACGUGGAACAACCCGACCAACAUCUCGACCAUGCCCAAAAUGCACACGAACGCCGCUCUCCACCUGCUGCAGUGGCCUCUCAUCCGCGAUCUCGUGUCCCGUCCGUACGACCCGCAGGUUCUGCUCCAGCUCGAGAUGGCGCGCGAGCCUCUGCACUCGCUCACCAAAACGCCGUGCGUCGAUCUCUCCAACACGACGGCCUACAUUGAGGCUUAUUUCGAGCGGGUCAACGUGUGGUACGCCUGCGUCAACCCCUAUACGUGGAGGAGCCACUACCGGACGGCUCUCUCUAACGGAUUCCGCGAGGGAGCAGAAAGCUGCAUCGUCUUGCUGGUCCUGGCUCUGGGCCAAGCAAGCCUAAGGGGCAGCAUCUCGAGGAUCGUCCCCGGAGAAGACGCACCCGGCCUGCAGUACUUCACCGCCGCCUGGGCUCUUUUGCCGGGCAUGAUGACAUCCAACAAUGUCCUGGCUGCCCAGUGUCACCUUCUGGCCUCUGCUUACCUAUUUUACCUCGUGCGCCCGCUCGAGGCCUGGAAUCUCCUGUGCACCACGAGCACCAAGUUGCAGCUCCUGCUUAUGUCGCCCAACCGAGUCCCGCCGAACCAGCGAGAACUGACGGAGCGUAUUUACUGGAACUCACUCUUGUUCGAGAGCGACCUGCUGGCCGAGCUGGAUCUGCCACACUCGGGCGUCGUCCAGUUUGAAGAGAAUGUUGGCCUGCCCGGGGGGUUCGAGGGCGAGGAACAAGAGGCAAUUGGCCGUGACGAUCUUUGGUACUUCCUGGCCGAGAUCGCGCUGCGGCGGCUCCUCAACCGGGUGAGCCAGCUAAUCUACUCGAAAGAUUCCAUGGCCUCCACCACCAGCCUGGAGCCGGUGGUGGCGGAACUCGACUUCCAGCUGACGCAAUGGUAUGAGAGCCUGCCAAUGCCGCUGCAGUUCCCCUUCACCCGCACUCUGCUCGCCGAUCCGGUGCAGACGGUGUUGCGCUUGCGGUUCUUUGCCUGCCGGACAAUCAUCUACCGCCCGUACAUAUUGGCUGUGUUGGACAAUGAGCAAGCCGUCCUGGACCCUGCAGUGCGCGACAGUUGCCACAAAUGUCUCGAAGCCUCCAUCCGGCAGUUGGAGCACAUCUCUCAGCAUCACGCCGGACACAUGCCCUACCUAUGGCAAGGUGCCCUCUCUAUUGUGUCGCAGACGUUACUGGUGAUGGGUGCGACCAUGUCGCCUUCUCUGAGCAGCAUCCUCCUCACCCUCGUACCUCAUCGGGAAACCAUUGACCAGAUCAUUAAUGACGUGGUGAUGGAGAUUGAGCGAUAUUCGACCCUGGCCCCUAGCCUAAGCCUAGCUGCAGAAAUCAUCAAGGAGGCCGAAGUGAGAAGGAGGGCAUACCUGAGCGGGUGA